UCAGGGCGUCAGGACUCCAUUAGAGCUGCAGCUGUUUUGAGAGAAACAACAACAAAAACGGGCUAACUGACAGCGCUUUCACAGUGACAGUCCGCUCUGAGCCCGACAACGAGGCCUCAAAUCUGGAAGCUUAACCUUUAUUUCCCACCCGGAGCUCCGCCGGCUUCUAACCACGGCCGCUCUCGGUGAGGAAACUCUGGCCUCCGCUUCCUCCUCCUCCGACUCGGACACCGGCGGAGCGUCGCCGCCCCCGCGGAAGAAGCACCGAGCCUCGGCGGCGGAGGGAGCAGGAGAGCCCGGGGCUUCAACAGUUGUAACAGGCCUUUCUGGAGUUGUCCUAGGACUUGCUACACACUCUCCACUAUCUCAAGCCACCUCUGCCAUCCACUUUAACCGAAGUGUAGUCAACAACCUCAGCAGCAGUAUGCAGGCAAACGGGGCAGGACAGGGACAGGAAUCUUCGGAGCUUUCCUGCCUGAACAGCGCACAAAACGGGGAGUCAUCCUCGGCCGUUGGAACCCACUCCAAUGGUCUUCUUUCCAGCACAGACAACGGAAAUAUUGUCGGUACCAGUAACGGGUCUGCAACAGGGCCCGGUUCGGGGACUUCGGCUGCCUCCACAGCUUCGGGCUCGGAGGUCGGCUCGUUGAAAAAGAAAAAACGACUAACGCAGGCGGAGGAAGAUGUCAUACGAUUAAUAGGGCAACAUCUCCACGGACUAGGGCUGAAUCAGACAGUGGACCUGCUGAUGCAGGAGUCAGGCUGCAGACUGGAACACUCCUCAGCUACCAAGUUCCGCAACCACGUCAUGGAGGGCGAAUGGGACAAGGCUGAGAAUGAUCUCAAUGAGCUGAGAGCACUGAUGCAUUCUCCCAAUGCUAUUGUGCGAAUGAAGUUCCUUCUGCUACAGCAAAAGUACCUGGAGUACCUGGAGGAUGGAAAAGUCCUGGAGGCACUGCAGGUGCUCAGAGGAGAACUGACGCCACUUAAGUACAACACAGAUCGCAUCCAUGUCCUCAGUGGGUACUUAAUGUGUAGCCAUGCUGAGGACCUGAGAGCGAAGGCAGAGUGGGAGGGCAAGGGCACUGCCUCACGCAGCCGACUGCUAGACAAAUUACAGACGUAUCUGCCCCCUUCUGUGAUGCUGCCCCCUCGGCGGCUGCAGACUCUGCUGCGGCAAGCAGUGGAGCUGCAGAGGGACCGCUGCCUCUAUCACAACACCAAGCUGGACAGUAAUCUGGACUCAGUCUCGCUCCUCCUCGAUCAUGUCUGCAGCAGAAAACAGUUCCCCUGUUACACACAACAGAUUCUGACAGAGCACUGUAAUGAGGUGUGGUUCUGCAAAUUCUCAAACGACGGCACCAAACUAGCAACAGGCUCCAAAGACACUACUGUCAUAAUUUGGCAAGUGGACCCGGAGAGCCACCAGUUAAAGCUGCUGCGAACUUUGGAAGGUCAUGCAUACGGCGUCUCUUACUUAGCCUGGAGUCCCGAUGACACUUACCUGAUCGCCUGUGGACCUGACGACUGCUCUGAGUUAUGGCUCUGGAAUGUUCAGACGGGGGAGCUGAGGACCAAAAUGUCCCAGUCCCAUGAAGACAGUCUGACCAGUGUGGCCUGGAACCCAGACGGCAAACGCUUUGUCACCGGAGGACAGAGAGGACAGUUUUAUCAAUGUGAUCUGGAUGGGAACUUGUUGGACUCCUGGGAGGGUGUGAGGGUGCAGUGCCUGUGGUGCCUGAGCGAUGGCAGAUCAGUGCUGGCCUCAGACACACACCAACGUAUCCGGGGGUACAACUUUGAGGACCUUACAGACAGAAACAUAGUUCAGGAGGAUCACCCUAUCAUGUCUUUUACAGUUUCAAAGAACGGACGAUUAGCUUUGUUAAAUGUAGCAACUCAGGGAGUGCACCUGUGGGACCUUCAAGACAGGGUGCUGGUGAGGAAGUACCAAGGUGUGACCCAGGGCUUCUACACCAUCCACUCCUGCUUUGGAGGACACAAUGAAGACUUCAUCGCGAGUGGCAGUGAAGACCACAAAGUGUACAUCUGGCACCGACGUGGUGAACUUCCCAUCGCCGAGCUAACAGGCCACACACGCACCGUUAACUGUGUGAGCUGGAACCCCACCAUACCAGGGCUCAUGGCUUCUGCCUCAGAUGAUGGCACAGUGCGUGUCUGGGGUCCAGCACCCUUUCUUGAGUCACAAGAAGCAGAUGGACUCAAUGAGAACUGCAGUAACAUGGACAGUUGAUGGUCACUUCUGGGCCUGAUGACAUCUCUCUCUAUCAACAAUCCAACAAUCCCUCAAUAAGACAAAAAAUACAUGGGCGAAUAAAAUCCAACAUCAACCUAAAGCAAGUGAAGAAAAACCAACAAAAGCCUCCAAGACAAGAGAAAACAAAAGUGAGAAAAUUUUGUCUCCCAACUGGCCAAGACAGAACGGUGGAGUUAAAGAACAUCACUCUGAAUAAUCAGGUUCUCAUCAAAAAAGCCGAACCUGGCCCGGAGGAAAACGAGUCAGUGCCCUGCGGGAUACGAGCGCCAUUCGAUGGUUUGCUUCCACGGCUGUUCUUCUCCUCCAUCCAACCCAGGAGAAACCAUCUCCACCUUGAGCUGGAAGCCUCCCCAUGACACAUCCAAGACAGACACAGCAGAGCAGCCAUCUUCUUAUUGAACUACACCUGUCUGCCUGUUUGUCUCUCACAUUACCUGUAUAACGUCUCCAUGGACACGGGUGGGGUGUUGUGUGGGGAGGAUGGUGCACAGGGGGAAAAUAGCAACUCUUAUGUAUGUGUGUUUCCCCCUCUUCCCCACUCUCUUGCUAAAUUUUUGAUCUGUUGGACAAUGCCGAAACCACCCUGUUAUAGAAACACUGACCGACCAGCUGACAAAGAACACACAAAAAAGGCUAUGCUAAAUGUUGGAUUUUUUUUAUGAUAGUCAUAGCGUAAUUCUCAUUUAAGAGGUGAAUCUUAGCUCGAGUAGUGCCCGUGGAAAGCUUUAGUGUGAAGAUUCCACUUUAUGUUUCUCGACAUUAGGAACUUUUUUAUUCCUUAAUUUAACUUCUAACGAGAAGAGUCGCUGUAAUGUUUCCAACUGACAGCCUUCCCAAAACCCCCUCCUCUGUCGAGCUAGCUACCGCACAACUCCAUUACAUCUGCCUAAAGAGGAGACGCACAGAGGGACUCACAUAUCAGUGGUGAGGUGGGCUUUCCUCUGUCAGGACACAAAUAUACAACCCCUCUCUAAAAGACAUGCUUACAGAUGUGAAAAGUGCAGCUCAGAUUGCACACUGGUGACUGCUGUCCCUCCUCUGUGUGUGUUUGUGUGUGUGUGAGAGAGAGUGAGUGAUUAUGCAUGCACACAUUAGUGCGAGUUGACAUUUGUGGGUGCAGGUUUAAUUGUGGCGUGUUUUGUAUGUGUGCUCUAUUCACACCAGCAGAAGAUCCCCCUUCCCUCCCUUUCCCUCUUAAUCCCAUAGUAAAAAUUGUAAAGAGGAUUUGAAACCAAUUCUAAGUUAUCCAAAGCCCCAUAGGGACCUCUAUCUGUGGAACAAAGAAUACUUGAGAGCCAUUUUAUAAAAGAAAACUCUUUUCUUUAAUCUGGGGCUUUAAUUUUUACAUUGGAGUUUAUAGAGAGCGAUUUGCUUAAAGCAUGUUACAAAAAGCUGUAAAAUGUGUUAUUAGCAAAGGGUCAAGAUUAUAAAUCAUAGGACAAGUAGUUAGACAGAAGAGGCACCAAUAACCAGAGCCACUCUCAGUGUUAGGGAGUGUUGUUGGAAUCCUAAAAACAAACACAAACUGCCUUCCUGUUUAUACAGUUGCACACGAACUUUCAGUAUGUGUCACCUCCAACCCCCCCUCCCCCCGCCUCCCCCCGCUGCACUUGGAGUGGUCUCUGCUCUUUUGCACCAACUGAAAUCACAUAAAUCCCUAUGGUAACCGCUAAAGGAAUUGAGCCUUCACUUUGCCUCUAUGCACCCAAAAUCCUGUCGUUAAAAUAAACCUGAACCUUGCAGCACAUACGGCCCAGCAACCUCAUAUUCUAGAGGAUUCAGCAUUAACAUCCCCCGUUGCUCUCCAGCCAAGUUAUUCAGUGGUCAGUGCACCAUUCAAAGCUUUCUUCCUCCCUUUUUUCAGGGUAUGUAAUGACUAUUUGCUACAGACUGAUAUACAGUAAAACAUGUUUAAAAUCAGUGCUUUUCUGCCUGUUUUUAUUGAACUUUUUUUUGUUACUUAAAUUUUUUGUUCACAUUAUAUCAUUUUUUUGGUUGACCUCUAUCCCUGUAUGAUCAUAUUAAAAUAUAACCAGAGA